AUGAAGCUCACAUUACGACCGGAGUGGCGGCUGAGACCACUUUCCUCAUUUCUUGGGUUCGUUGACCUCAAGACAGGCGUUACCAUUGCCCUUCUCUUCGCACUUCUUAACAAAGUCGCGGGAGUAUACGGCUUGAUCGCGGUGUUGACUGGUGCAGGUGGCUCUGCUGCCCAACUGAGUCUUUACAUAUACUCUGUCCUCGGCCUCAUCGCCCUUGCAUGGGGCCUUAAAGCCGUAAACGAGGAAGACCCCAAACGAACCCUCUACUUCGCCCACCUCUUCGCCGCAGAUCACGUCCUUUCCACAGCAUGGACAGUAUUCUUCGGUGUUACAUGGUGGAUCUACACACCACACGACGGACGUCGUGUUUCUAAUUCCGCUGCUCAACAGGCCCUGAUUGACGGAUACAUUGGAGAACACCAGAAUUACACUGACGCGCAACGCGCGCUUGCCGCAGAAAGCAUCUGGGGACGAGAGAAGAACCAGGCAGCUGCUAUCAUCAUCCUAGGCUGGCUGUCUAAGUUCUACUUCGCUGCCCUGCUCUACUCCUUCGCUCACCACCUCCGCCGCAAUACCUACCGAUCACUCCCUCUUUCCCGCUCCCAACCUGUUCCAUCCUCCUCAUCUUCACGCCACCCCUCUAACUCAGCCUACUCCUCCGUGCCCCUCGAUGGCGAAGACUACGAACUUGACGACGAAGGCUCCGAUUCCUUCUACGCCCAUGCAAAGCAGGGCGAAGUCGCAUCGUACGAGUUUAAGCUUGGAUAAGAGAAGGAGUGGCGCCGGUGGCAGUGUGGGAAGCUUUGCGGAUUUCGUGUCGGCACCACCGCCGGGGAGAAGAGCAGCAUCACGUGCUGCUGGUGGGUCGGGUGCGAAUGGACCACAGAGGGGGAGUUUGUUGGUUAAUGGGAACGGAAAUGGUGUCGUAGCCGCGGGGUCGAGUAGGAGUGGGAGUGGAGCUAGUGUGAGCGGGAGCGCGAGCGGGGGGAGUGUGGAUGGGGAUGUGGUGUUUGAUAGUACGAGGGAUGAGGGUGACAUGGGGGUUAGUGGAAAGCGAUGAGAUGAGUGUACAAACGACGCGUCGACACAUCCCAGAGCCUGGAAUAUCGGACGGUUCAUUCAUUUGUUGCUUCGACUGGUAAAAUAUCAGAACUUGCAGUCACCCCCGCAUACCUAUACAUAACUACGUACGUACCACCAUAUUAUUUAAUUCAUCCGUUCUCUUUCGUUGUCUGUCCAUAAACCUGGCUACAUGUGGCGGUCGUGCCUUGUUGUUUACUACUUCUACUUACCGGUAUCAUCUUCAUCCCCAUACUCACUCAUCCUUGAACCCCGCACCUUCGCUUCUUUGUUAUUUCUACUCCGGUUCUUGUUUUGUCUGUGCGCGAAAUUGUACAGAACCUCCGCCAUCUCAAACUCUCUUCCGGCUGCUUGUGUGGACGCAACCGUCGCGCCACAUCGGAUCCAUCCCAGU